AUGACUGCAUUCAAAGCCCUCAAUUUGGUCGGCUCGAAUGGACGUUGUUAUCGCCUCAAGAAGUUGAUACAGGAACGACCUCACUUUGGCCGCGUUUGCAUUUUCUCGGCCUUCAAUGAGAACAUUCGACCAAGACUUGCUCAAACUCCCCGUAUACGACUUCCGUUGGACACCAUCCCAAAUCAGCGCAUAUUUGUAUACGAAUACAUGGAUGAUGAUUUCUUAAGUCUGGUUCGGAACGACAUCCCAUUACGAGCUCGAAAGGAAGUCCUCAGUGCUACUUUGCAAGGAAUUGCAGAUAUGCACGAUCGCGAUGUUGUCCAUUUAGAUGUCAAGCCUAAUAACAUCUUAGUCAAUCACCGUCAUAUGGACCAAGAGGUCGUUAUCGAAAAAGUACAAAUUUCUGAUCUUGAGAAUGCAGCCUAUCUCCCAAAGCCUAGGUGCAUCAAAGGAAUGCUAGCUGGAAAUGAUAACUGGCGCAGCCCUGAAGGUCAUUUCAAGGGGGAACUGAACAAGCCAUCCGACUUAUACUCAUUUGGGCUGGUAUGCAUCUACGCUAUCCUCGGGCGUGUCAUACUAGGGCCUGACGACGACUUCAAACUCCACGAGUCAAAAGGUGCGCUACCUGCGUUCAUUCGCCUGCAGCGCCAAAUAUCGUAUUUUGGAGACAAAGAAGGGUUGAAUGGUCUCAUGAAGCAUGUUGGUGAUGAGGAAACGAAGUGCGAGGUCCUUGGAAUGCUCUGGGAGGAGCGGGCGGCAGACUGUAUCCCAUAUGUGCCCUUCUCAGAAUGGCCGGAUGUUGACUCGACGUUCAAGGACUUGAUCAGAGGAUUGAACAAUCUGGACCCGUCACAGAGGCUUACAGCUCGUCAGGCAUUAGAACAUCCAUGGUUUAACGGAAUCGAAUCUACUUGA